GUUUAUUCCCUAAACAUAUAGCUACACAACCAUAAGCAUGUCUCCAUCAGACGUCGUCAUCGUGUCAGCACGUCGCACACCAGUGGGAUCGUUCCAGGGGGCGUAUAAUACAGUUCCGGCCAAGACAUUAGGCGCAGCUGUGAUAAGAGAAGCCCUUCAGAGGUGCUCGGUAGAUACAGCAGACGUCUCUGAAGUUAUAACUGCGGGCCAGGGUCAAAACCCCGUACGCCAAGCGGCCAUAGAGGCAGGACUGCCGAAAGAG